ACUAGUCGACCUAAACCAUUCGGAAAAAAGGUAUUGACCGACUCUCCGAAACUUUGACUUUACUUGACUGCAAUAGACAAGCUCAAGAUGGCGUCGGUUACGGUGUGUGGAGCAACCGUUACCAGGAGAACGGCAAACAUCCUUGCUGCAGUUGGAUCGGUGGGAAUAUUAGCUAGUUGCUUAAUAAUAAUUCCAGGUUUUGCCAUAGGCUGCCAAACUUACAGAUACAUCAACGGCAACAUCAUUCGCUACAAAACUGACUGUACGACUUCUUCGAUUCUGGUCAUCACAGGAAUAGUUCUUCUGUCUGUUGCAGUGCCUGUUGCGAUAUGUGGAUGUAUAAUGCUUUAUCGCAUACGGAGGGCCAGAGUACCAAUGGCAAUGCCCGUGACGAUGGGUGCACCCAUGCACUAUGGGCAGCCCCACCUACAACAGGGAGUAGGUCAGCCUUACUUACAGCAGGGAGAAGGUCAGCUUUACCCACAACAAGGAACACAUCAGCCUUACCCACAGCAGGCAGCAGCUCCACCAUACCCACAGCAGGCAGCAGCUCCACCAUACCCACAGCAGGCAGCAGCUCCACCAUACCCACAGCAGGCAGCAGCUUCACCAUACCCACAGCAAACACCAGGUCUACCACACGAUCAAGGCCCAGACCAGCGCUAUCCUCAAAAGAGUGCAUAUUUAGAGCCUACGCAACUGAGAUUACAUUAAGAGUAUUCGCAGGCAUAUCUACAACGCAGAUCCGCCAAACUGGCAGCCGGUGACAUUGCAUGCAUGCAGUAGUUGCAGAAAAAUAAAUUCUGCAACCAAUUCAUGUGAAUCCUGAUUCACAGACAAAUCUGAGUAAAAUUAACAUUUCCAGUGUUUUUUUUCCGGUAUAAGAUUCAAGUUAAUUCUCCAGUGUGAUUGAGUUAUAUUUCGAGUCUGUAAUUAAUAUAUUCAAAUCUGUACCACCUGUAGCUGGCAAAGGCAAGAUACACGAGUAUGUAUAAAUGGAAUGUCUUUCCCUUUCAAAUUAGUAAUAAUAUAGAUAGCAAUGAGAAGUUUCAUUAAGCACUAGUUACUUUUUCAUAAUAUAACAUACUUGAUUUUGCUACCUUGUAGAAUAAUUUACAACUACAUAAAGCAACUUUAGAGAAAAUAGAUUUUUUUCACUGAAGGUAUGAAAGAAUCGAGGACAUUUAUCCAAAUAUAGUUCUGCGCAAUGUAAUUUGACAAUAUAUGAUUAAAAUUUCUUGAUC